AGGUGUAUGAGAGAUAAUGUGGUUAGUAAUUGCACUAUCACUUCUGGUACUGUGGCUUCUGUAUAAAUAUUAUGUUUCUGUUUAUGACCUUUGGGAGAAGAGGGGCAUUCCUUAUUACCCCUCUACAUUCCCAUUUGGUUGCUCUCAUCAAAUCCUGACUCACUCGAGAUUUCCAGGCUACAUCCAUGAUGAGAUGUACAAAAAAUUAGCUCCUAAUCCAAUGUUUGGAUUAUUUGUCAUGAGAGUACCAAUGUUGCAAAUUAGAGAUCCAGAUCUUAUUCAACUUAUACUUACCAAGGAAUUUUCUCAUUUUCGCGAGAGAAUGUUUAUAAAAAUAAGUGAAAAAGAUGUUCUCAAUCAACAUCUGUUCAAUCUGGACGGUGAAAGGUGGAGGGCCUUGCGGCUGAAACUCACUCCAACAUUUACCAGUGGCAAAAUGAAAGCUAUGUUCCCACUCUUUCUCAACUGUGCUGAGGCCUUUGAUUCAUUGAUAUUGUCAAAAAUUGGUUGUGAUGUGGAUGUCAAGGAUUUAAUAGGUCGACUUAUGACAGACAUUAUUUGCAGCUGUGCUUUUGGACUUGAUAGUAAUACAAUCAAAGAGCCAGAUCAUAAAUUAAGACAAAUUGGAGCCCAAGUUUUUAAAAUGAACUUUAUGGAUAAAGUCAAAAUAGCAAUUUUACAAGCAAUGCCAAAACUUGCCAAUAAAAUUGAGGCCAGGUUCACUCCUAAAGAAACUGAAGACUAUAUUGUAAAACUUGUAGAAAACACAAUUGAGUAUAGGGAAAAAAAUAAUAUUAAAAGAAAUGAUUUUCUAGAUUUAUUAAUUCAGCUGAAGAAUAAAGGGACAGUAGGAGAUGACUUGAAAGAUGAGAUAGAAGAACAAAAGUGUCAGCCAUUUGAGUUAACUAUUGGUUUGAUGGCUGCUCAGUGCUUUGUUUUCUUGGUUGCUGGCUUUGAAACUUCUAGUUCUGUACAGAGUUUUUGCCUUUAUGAAUUAGCAAUCAAUCAAGAUAUUCAGACGAGAGUAAAGAAGGAAAUUGAUGAAAAAAUUGAAAAACAUGGAGGACUAACAUACCAAGCUGUGUAUGAAAUGGAAUAUUUAGAUAUGGUCAUUUCAGAAACAAUGAGAAAGUAUCCAACUUUGUGGUUCUUACUGAGGUACUGCACUAAAUCUAUCAGUACUCCAUAUAAUUAUGAAAUAGAGGCAGGUGACACUAUUGUAAUUCCUGUUUGGUCUUUACACCAUGAUCCAGAGUAUUAUCCAAAUCCUGAAAAAUUCGACCCAGAACGUUUUUCAGCACAAAAUAGAGGGUCAAUCAAUCCAUACACUUAUCUGCCUUUUGGAGAAGGGCCUAGGAUGUGUAUAGGUAUGAGAUUUGGAAAACUUCAAACUAAAGUAGGUCUUAUCACUAUACUCAGAAAGUAUCGUGUAGAACCUUGUGCUGCAACUAAGAUACCUUUAGUACUAGCUCCUUCUCCGAUGAUAACAGUUCCAAAGGAUCCAAUACUACUAAAAUUAGUACCUCAAUCUUGACCUUAAACAUAACUUUACAUUGCUGCUGACAUAACAAUACAUUUAUUUCUUUGAGUUUAACAUAAAUUUUUAUUAUAUUCAUUAUAAAUGAAAGUAAUCUCUACAACCAACACGUAGAACCUUGGCCUGCUCCAGCAUUGAUUGCUAGUUAUCUCAGUUUUGUGCUGCUGCUUUCCAUUGGAGAAUAUAUAUUAUAUAUGAUAUAUAUAUAUUUUUAUGUAUUCAUUAUCACAUUAUAAAUAUAAGUAAUUUAGAAGUAGGUAGUUAUUUUUAAUAUCACUCACCACUUGAUUAGAUAAUGAGGUAAAUUUGUUUACUGUUUUUAUAAAGAAUGAGUUUUCUGAGCAAUAAAACUACUGAUAAAUUUAUUUUAUUUAUUGAAAUAAAAAAUUAAUCCAAUGCACAAUGACAAACUGUUUUAUUCCAUAACAAAUGUGCAUUAAUAAGAAGUUUUUAGCAGUAAUAGAGAAAUAAUUAUUUACAUAUAGAAUGUUUAUAUUUAAUGUAAUUAUGUAUAUAUUGUCAGUUUAUUGCAAAUUAAUAAGUACAUUUUUAAGAAUGUAGAAUUUAUUUGUCGAUUCAAAACACAAUAAAUGCAUUGAAAUGACAAAAAACAUUUUAUAUGUCAAAUAUAGGUAUACUAAAUGCACAAUGGUCAAUUUCACUGUGGAAAAAAUCAUUAAAAUACUAAGUGAUUUGAUUUUAUGAUAUGUUACUUAAUGACUUUUUGUAAUAAACCGAUAAUAUGUUUGUUAAGAGCGCACAUGCUUUUUGAGACAAUUGUGAAACUUAAAUAGCAACAUACAAUAAUAUGAUGAAUCAGGGCUGAUUAGGAACAAAAUUUACUAUUUUCAUAUUAAACUUCGGUACUAGUUCGCACAGAUUACACGUUGUUCACAAUCACUUCGAUCACACUUGUUCAUGGAAUCCAGAAAACUUCCAGGUCUUUGGGCUGUGGAUUUGUAAAUAAAUAUAGUAUUUCUGUCAUCUCUUGUGUAAAGGGGUGGUAUGAACAAGAUCACACUCCACUGUUUAUUUUUCCCCCUAAUUAAUAAUCUUAAAGGCAGGGUGUGCUCCAGGAAGAAAUCCCAACAUCAGGGUCAUACAUGGUUGGUAUAACAGAAUAUAUAAUUACCUACCAUUCUUGACUUAAAUACUGGGAGAAUAGGAGCAGUGUCUUACUGAUUAAACUAUCAUCCUGUUCCCUUGAAAUUAUUAGUAGCUAUGUUUAAUAAAAUUGUAGCAAAACAGAUAAAUUGCUUUGUUUAUGAAUAUACUGUAAACAUAAAUAUUCUCUCAGAAGGCAGGUAGCUUGUAUUGUGUUGUAUAAUUGUUCUAUUUAUAUUAGUUAUUUGUAAAUCACAAUUUUAAAUCUUUUUUUUUUUAAGAUAAACAUAAUUUUUUUUUUGUAAAUUAAUCACUUCAUGUACAUCAGUCUAGGGAGAAAAAGUGAAGAUAUGUAAUUAAAUUUUUAUUAACCACUUAAAUAUGUCCAAUCAAUUAUUAUAACGUUAAUGUCAUAAUAUAAAUAAAUAUUUUUAUACUUAUGUCAUGAAUAAAAUAAACUUUAAUCAAAGUUAUGAAUUAUAGUUACAUUAUAAUUGGAUUCUUGCAUUUGCUUUAAAUUUUUAUACAUCAGUCAAGUUUAAAUUAUAAUAAUAAAGAAGCAAAUAGCCCAGAAUUUUUGUGAUGCAUAUUUGUUAUAGAAAAGUAUUAGGAGUGGAGCUGGUCAUGAGAGUGGAGACAGUGGUACACAUCAUGGGCUGCUACUACCUAAUAAAUAAAGUUGAAUAUCUUAUACCUGUUAAUAUUGAGUAGUGUUUCCAGUUUUAAAACUUCCAUCUAAGAAAUAUAUUUAUGUUUGUUAUACACUAUCCUCUAUGAAUAAAAAUAUUAAUUUUAAAAUUUAUUUAAUUAGCUUUCAUAAAGCAGAGCUGAGAGGGGUUUGAGAGGCAACCAUACAUGUCACAUUAUGAUAUAUUAAAAUCAAAGAUUAAAACAAAAAAGGAGAAGAAAUAAUUUAACCUAUAGGACUCCUUUUU